GCCUGGUGCCUCGGCACCCGCACUUCAGCCUGGCCUGAUGACCCAGUGCCCGCUGUCGAGCCAGACGAUCCGAUGCCUGGUGACCCGAUGCCCGCUGUCGAGCCAGACGAUCCAGCGCCAGAUGACCCGGUGCCCGCUGUCGUGCCAAUUGACUCAGAGCCCACUGUUGUGCCUGGUGACUCGGUGCCCACUGCCUUGCCAGAUGACGCGGUGCCCGCUGUCGAGCCAAAUGACCUGAUGACGUGGUGCCCGCUGGCGAGCCAAAUGACCUGAUGCCUGGUGACCCAAUGCCCGCUGUCAUGCCUGGUGACCCGAUGCCCGCUGUCGAGCCAGACGAUCCAACGCCAGAUGACCCGGUGCCCGCUGUCGAUCCAGACGAUCCGGUACCUGAUGACCCGGUGCCCGCUGUCGUGCCAAUUGACUCAGAGCCCACUGUCGUGCCUGAUGACGCGGUGCCCGCUGUCGAGCCAAAUGACCUGAUACCUGGUGACCCGAUGCCCGCUGUCGAGCCAGACGAUCCAAUGUCUGACCCAGUGCCCGUGGUCAUGCCAGUUGACUCGGAACCCACUGUCGUGCCUGGUGACUCGGUG